AUGCCGCCCUCCCGCUCCAGCAUAACAAGCGACAGCCACGAGCGUCUCGAGCCUCGACUCCUACGCGCCGCAGAAUCAAACGACAUCGACUCCCUCAAAAAGAUAAUCUUCCUCGCCCAAGAGUACAAUCAAGUAACCGACAACUUCCUCCGUAUCGGAUUAAUGCGCAGCGCCGAACGAGCUUGCGUCGCUGCAACAGAAUAUCUCCUCAUCCUCGGCGCAAAAACAGACGUCCCCUCAAACCGCGCCUCACCACUUCUUCGCGCAGUCGAACGCGACCACUAUGAAAUCGUCCGUCUCCUCCUCGAUCAUGGCGCCAGCCCAGACUCCGCGGAUAAAGACGGUCGCACCGCUCUCAUGACUGCCGCAUGGAAGAAUCACACUGAUAUCCUGCAUCUGCUCAUUAUGCGCGGCGCGGAUGUGAACAAGCGCGAUCUGCGCCAGAGGAAUGCGUUGCAUAACCUCGCUGCUGAUAAGGCUUGUCGGUGGGGGUGGGGGGAUGAGGCUGUGAAGUUGCUAUUGAGGACGGAGUGUCUUGUUGACGGGGCUGGGGGACGAGAUGAGCUUGGACGUACGCCAUUGCAUUGGGCGUGUGCGUCGGGGAAUUGGAGGCUGGCGGAGAUGUUGUUGACGAGGAAUGCUGGUGAGGGGGACGGGGAGGGUCAGAGGCCCGGGCCGGCGAAGAUCGAUGCGGUUGAGUUGCGUGGUAAGACGGCGUUGCAUGUUGCUACAGCCCACGACAGGGCGGAUAUCGUGCAGCUGCUGCUUGCGCACAAGUCGGCUGUAAAUGCUGCGAGUGAUGGUGGCUGGACGCCGCUUCAUAAUGCCUGUGAUAAGGGGUGUGUGGAGAUUGUCCGGAUUUUGGUCGGCGAAGGCGCGCAGAUCAAUGCUCAGCUGUUGAAUGGUAUCACGCCGCUGCAUCUUGCUGCGCAGGGGGGUCAUAAAGAGGUUGUGGAGUGUCUGCUCGAGAGACCGGAUCUGAGGCGUCGGGUUAGGGAUAAUUUUGGCAGUACGCCGUUUCUGCGCGCGGCGCAGUUCAAGAGGAAGGAUAUUGUGCUGUUACUUGCGCCGUUUAACAAUGUUGAGAGCCUGUCUGAUGAUGUGAAGGACGCUUGUGCGGCGUUCGAUGCUACUGUUGUUGAUUUUGGAAAUUUCCAUAAUGAGAAUCGGGUUAAGCGCAUGUCGGUGUUUAAUCUGCUUUAUGGGAGGGAUCAGGAGAAUCCUAGAAAACAGGCUAUUACUACAGUGCCGGCUGACAGUCGUGGCACUGAUUUCCGGUGGAUUCACUUACCGGCGAACAAUAUGGCGUGGGUGGAAGCUCUGCUUACCAAGUCUUUUAUUGAGGAAGGGGCGCAUGAUGUUGACGGGUUCAAGGGACUGGAAAAGUCUUUCAACUAUCAGCAUCGGGGUCAAAGGACGCACUCGCACUUUAUGCGGCCGUUGUGUCAGAAUACGCCGCGGACGAUGCUGCGGCGACACGAAGAGGAGGUUUCAGAGGAGCCUGUUUCCGAGAGUGUGCAGGCGAAGGCCAUGGAUAGCACUAUUCGCAAGCAAAAAGGCACAGGCGGCAAACCUGACAAGCUGGAUUCUUUCUUCCACGAUGAAGGGGCAGGCUCACAUGGAAAAAAGAGCAAAAACAAUCAGAAGCGUGGCAAGUCCAGCAGCGCACCGGGAACUCCCAGACAGGAGACGAAAGGGAAGUCACCGUGGGGCCAGAGUGAGAAACAGGCGCGGUCAUCACCCCUGUCUUCAUCAACAUUUUGUAAAGACUCUCACCCUCUGGUUUCUGCAGGUAAUGUCUGCGUGUUCAUGCCGUAUCUACACUUCGAGACCACAGAGCGCAGACAAAAGAUGCAGGAUGCAAUCUUACGAGCGGAAAUGCUGGAGUUUGUGUCCAGUGGGAUGAAGCGAAGGCGCACAAGAGACGAGAUGCUCAUUGACGCGCAUCUAUCAUCCUCUACGACCUCCCUCCAUAUUCGCCGAACGCUGGACCAGUUUUUCUACCCAAACAUCGAUACCAAGAGUCGGGAUCAGGAUCAGGUGGUGUAUCGUUACCAAACAAAAAGCCCCGGAAUGGGGGCAGAUCCCAAGAUAUUCAUGGUUGAUCAACUGUGGAUGUGGGUUUUGGGCACGAAUCUGAUUGUAACGGCCUUCCCGCAGAGAUGGGAUCAGCCCAAGAAUGACCCGCUUAACGUGCUGGAUGGGAUCAUCGAAGACAUCAAUUCCAAAACCCGAGACCCGGUUAAAUCAGUGUAUGAUCUGGCCAUGAUAAUCACUAAUCGAUGCUCGGGAGUCUUCGAUCGACACCGCUUAGGCGAUGAAGAGUACCAGUUUUUAGAUAUGUUCGAGUCAUCCAUCGGUAUAGCCACAGACAAAGAGACCGUGCUUUUUAACCAGUUCAAUCACGCCUCCGGACAGGCAUCCGACUGGUUGAAAAGUCACCGGAAGCUGAACGGCUCCUUCAGCUCUCCGCCCAAGCCCCACAAUGGGACGAACGAAAGUAGCAGCUACUGCGACGAGGACGGCCAGCCACUCUUCGUCGACCGGCUAUUGGACAUCGGACAGGAAACCGAUCUCCUAGCCGAGACAAAGGACAUUCGAGACGAGCUGAACAUGAUCCGGACAGUGCUGGAGCACCAAACCAACGUGCUGCUUGACUUCCAAGAAAUUGUCUGCGAGACCUACCAAGGCCAGCAUCGGUCCCAAUUUGAGGUCAAGAAACGGUUCAAAGACCAGCAGCGCAUGAUCGACAUGCAUCUGAAGGAUAUUGACCGCAUGGAUAAACAGGCCGAGCGCAUCUACCACUCCAUUACGGACCUGCUAGAUCUUAAGCAGAAACACGCCAACGCUUUUGAAGCACGCUUUGCGCGUGAUCAGGCCGCUGGUACAGCCCGCCAGAGCAAGACAAUUAUGGUCUUUACUAUUGUUACUAUUGUCUUCCUGCCGUUGUCGUUCAUCGCCUCCAUCUUCACGAUCAACCUGAAAGAAUUCGAAAAUUUGAACCUCGGUUACGUGGCAAUUUUUACUUUUGGUAUUGGCUUUGCAAUUUCGAUUCCACUUGUCUGGGUCGCUCUCAUGGUUGAUGAUAUUGGUGGUUUCUUCCGUGUGGGUGGUCGGCGCUGGCUGUCUAACCGGGAGAAGGUGCCUGCGAGAAGUGAACGGGGCGAGGCAAUACUCCAGGCUUUGGAGAUGGAGAAAACGACAAGUUUGUCGCGAAUGAGGAGGAGUAUCGAUGGAUAUGGUGGCAGUCUACUACCUGUUUCUACACAUGGCACAGAGACAUCAAGGCGGCCAGAUCUAUACGUUGGUGGAUUAAGCAGCGGCACUGUGCGAAAAAGUUACGAUCUACGGUCUAGUGUGGACUACAGGUCACGAUGA